GCCGGAAGCAGAACGUCAACACCUAGAAAUCAACCGGUGGACAUAUGCAGAGAGCACAGGGUUAUGAUGUGGACGUGAAAUGCCAAGGGGAUACGGUGUCUGCCCAGAGCCUACUAACCAAUAGCCUCUUCACACGGAUAAAGACAUCAACAAAAGAUGUGCCCCAAUGCUGACACUAUAUCCCCAAAGUCUCUAUGACCAAACUUCAAAUCGGACUGCAACUUGGGUGUAGGUCUACCUACCUAAGCUCAUUUACGACACUUCUCAACCAACCAGCUCUAACCAAAUAAGCUCUGCACCUCUGAAACCCAAGAUGGCUACUAGACAAAGUGCCCUAACUGCUGCCGUGGUUACCCUGUUGGGAGCCACCUUGGGUGGCCUGUUGCUAUGGCGACAGAGAGCCCUACGGACAAAGAAGCAACAGCUUCCUGCUCAGGGUCAGGUAAGGGUCAGCUCUUGUCCCUUACCUGUGGAACCAGAGCCUGUGGUUCUGGAGUGUAAGAAGCCAGUGGUGUCCCAAAUCCAGUCUAAGCAGACCCAGCUAUCCUCGGGUCAGAGUCUGGUCCUCCCCCUGCCUGCUGUGCUACCCCCUGUUGACCAAGCCCUGGCGGUGCAGCCGGUGAUGGUAAGCUCUGAGAAGGAGUGGGAGCAGCUGUGGCCCAUGCUGCAGAAGGAUCUGUCAGUCUACCCCGUCCUCGGCCUGGACUGUGAAUGGGUAAAGAGUCAAACUAAGGUCCUGGGUGUGUCAGUGAAGGGUAAGACGUCAACGGUCUCUUUACUCCAGAUGGCUUCCUACUCUGGUCUGUGUGUGUUGGUGAGGCUGCAGCAGUUCCAUGGUGGCCAGCAGGACCUGCCACUUACCCUGAAAGAGGUCCUCAGCGACCCUCACAUCCUGAAGGUGGGUGUGGGCUGCUAUGAGGACGGAAAGCGUCUGACACGAGACUAUGGCCUGGCGCUGGGGUCUACUGUGGAUAUAAGAUACCUUGCACUACGACAAAGGAAGGUAGUGUUGAAUAACGGUCUGAGUCUGAAGUCUCUGGCAGCUGACCUGCUCAACGUCUCUCUGGAGAAAUCCUUGGAGCUGCGCUGUAGUGACUGGGAGGCUGACCUGCUGACCCUACAACAGAUGACCUACGCAGCCCGGGAUGCACAGGUAUCCAUCGCCCUCUUCUUCCGCCUGCUCGGCCUCCACUCAAACACCACGCCCUCACCUGACUCUGGGAGUGGCUACUCCCAGCUGGCCAAUUGCUGCCAGGGCCUGGUGGACACACCCUUCAGGGGGCGUGGUGGAGGAGAGUGUGAGGAUGGAGGGAAAAGCGUGGAUGGAGAGAGGAGGAGGAGGAGGAAGCUCCAGCAGUCUGUUUUUGAAAGCCCAGAGUCUGAGGACCAGCAAGUUCCAGACCCCAGGAGGAACAACAAGAGAAAACCGCUGGGGGUGGGCUACUCUGCCAGGAAGUCCCCUCUUUAUGACAACUGCUUCCUCCAUGCCCCAGAUGGACAACCCCUCUGUACCUGUGACAAGAAGAAGGCCAAGUGGUACCUGGAUAAAGGAAUAGGAGUGCUGCAGAGUGAGGAUCCGUUCAUCGUGCGUCUCUUGUUUGAGCCGUCGGGACGUCCAGAGUCCCAGCAGGACUACUACCUGACUGCCAAGGAGAACCUGUGUGUGGUGUGUGGCAAGAACGACUCUUAUAUCAGGAAGAACAUCGUUCCUCAUGAGUACAGACGUCACUUUCCCACGGAGAUGAAAGACCACAACUCCCAUGACAUCUUGCUGCUGUGUACUUCCUGUCACGCUGCCUCCAAUGUCCACGAUGGCUUCCUGAAGCAGCAGCUGGCUGAUGAACACGCUGCCCCCCAGGGUUGUGAGGAGGGCGUGCGGCUCCUGGAGGACUCUGACCUCAGGAAGGUUCGUUCUGCAGCCCGAGCCCUCCUGACUGCGGGGGAUGGGCUCCCUGGGCCCCGGAGAGACGAGCUGCAGGAAGUCAUCCGGAGUUUCUUCAACGACCCCGACGGGGAGCUGACGACAGACACCCUGCAGAGUGCUGCUGGACUGGAGACGCGGAUCUUCAAUGAGAGUUACGUUCCCCACGGGCUGAAGGUGGUGCAGGCGCACGCCAAGCAGGGUCUGAAGGGGUUAAUGGGCCUGGAACGCCACUGGAGGCAGCACUUCCUGUCUACCAUGACACCGCGCUACCUCCCUCCUCUCUGGUCCGUCAGCCACAAUCACAGCAAGUUCCUACGCAAAUACGGCGAGGAUCUCCUCAUCCAGCUUAACUGAACUACCAGUCUGCUUUUAACCUGAAAGGCCAGGCAGUUUGGCAUGACAAGGAGUCUACUGAAAUGGAUUGGUACCCAGGGCACCAUCUCGUUCUCUCUCUCUCUCGCUCUAUUUAUCCAUCAGCUUCUCUGGAUCACCGUUUUAGCAGUUAAAACAGAAGCUACAUUAUCGACACUGGAGCCCAGAGAGCUGACUGACCGAAUACGGUGUCUGACGGUAGUCUCACCUACGGCUGUGACGAGGCAGUCUGUCACCCUGUUCCUAUAUGGUGGCAUACAUGUUGAGUGUCAGACAUAGAGACUUGGAUAGACUUAUGGAUCGAGCGGGCCUUUAUGGACCUUGCUUGAACUCAAAACGUCCCAUACAGACCCUCCAAUGAACUGGAGCCAGAGACUAGCAGAGAUCAUUGGCUGAAAUGGUACCCCUCUUCUUUAUAAAGGGCAGUACUUUAGACCAGGGACCACAGGGGUGUACCAUGUAGUGUCUAGAGUAAUUUCAGGUACGACCUAGCUGGAGCCUGAGGAGAUGGACUAGAUCGCCUUGGUUCUGACAGAGGUACGACCUAGCUGGAGCCUGAAGAGAUGGACAGACUGCCUUGGUUCUGACAGGUAAAAUAAGUCCAGUAUGAAGAACACCAUCCUGGUCCAAUGCUGCAGGAUUCAUGAUGAAAUUAUAUUGCAUAUGGACACUUUUUAACCAACACUGGUUUGGUUUCCCAGACAGAUUGGCUUGUCCUGGUCUUAAACAUCCAUUUAAAUGGAGAUUCUCUCCAGGACUAGAUUUAAUCUGGAACCAGGAAACCAGCCCUAUGUAUAAUCAAUAUAUAAAAAUGUGAAAUGUGGUUUUCACCAAUUUCAGAAAAUCAUGUAUUUUAGACUACGCUGAAACCUGCUCUUAAUUGUCAUUAAAUAUAAAUUAUAAUUUCCCCCUGCAGGUUUUCAGCCCUAAUGAUCAUUCCUAUGCAUUUGUGUAUGUGCAGAAGUCAACGGUUUGCUUUGCCGAAGGUAACUGUAAUUCGACAACACGUUUGAGGUUCCCAUCGUUGUUUAUCUUCAACAGAUCAGACAUUAUGAUAUGACCACCAGCCAUUGGAUGCGUCGCAAAUGACACUACUUUUGAACGGGACCCAUAAGGCAGUGCGGUUUUUUAUAUAUAUAUAUAGUGAUUUAAGGUUCCAUUUCAGUCACAGCCAUUCUCAGGUUCAGUAGGACAAUGUCGAGCGUAGAACGGUUGGCUUGGCGACGUGACAUCACUUCCUCCUGUACUGUCUGGAUGCAUCCCAUAUUGCACCCUAUUCUCUACAUGGUGCACUACUUUACAUCAGAGCCCUUUUGGGUAGUGCACUACAUGGGAUACAUCCCAAUGGCACCCUAUUCCCUAUGUUGGUCAUGGAUGUGUUCUGUCUCUCUCUCUCUCUAAUCAGGACACCUCAUGUCACAUGUUCUAGUGUGACUCUUCCCCUCAUUAGAAGAGACUAAAAUCAGGACAUCUUCAUUCCUCUACAACAGUUCCAUUCCAACCCCCCCCCCCCCCCCCCCUCAUCGUUUCACAUUGAGAUAAGGACCAGCUUGUAUGUAUAGGUAGCCUGAGAGUGAUUAGAUUCAUUGGUUAGUAAAGAAUGAUGGCCUUCACGUACAGAGCGGCUAACCUGUUGACGCGUGCAGAGCGGCUAACCUGUUGACGCGUGCAGAGCGGCUAACCUGUUGACGCGUGCAGAGCGGCUAACCUGUUGACGCGUGCAGAGCGGCUAACCUGUUGACGCGUGCAGAGCGGCUAACCUGUUGACGCGUGCAGAGCGGCUAACCUGUUGACGCGUGCAGAGCGGCUAACCUGUUGACGCGUGCAGAGCGGCUAACCUGUUGACGCGUGCAGAGCGGCUAACCUGUUGACGCGUGCAGAGCGGCUAACCUGUUGACGCGUGCAGAGCGGCUAACCUGUUGACGCGUGCAGAGCGGCUAACCUGUUGACGCGUGCAGAGCGGCUAACCUGUUGACGCGUGCAGAGCGGCUAACCUGUUGACGCGUGCAGAGCGGCUAACCUGUUGACGCGUGCAGAGCGGCUAACCUGUUGACGCGUGCAGAGCGGCUAACCUGUUGACGCGUGCAGAGCGGCUAACCUGUUGACGCGUGCAGAGCGGCUAACCUGUUUGCAAAGCAGAGAUUUUCAUGUUCUUGAGCAUGACGACAAUUGCGUUUUUGUUUAAAUUGAGAAUUGUUUAACUUAAAGAAACCAGCAGCCUUUUCUUUUAUUUACAUUUGUCCAGAUGUAACCCCCGUAGAAGCUGUUCUGUUUCCCUAAUAUUGUAAAAUAAAAGAUCACAUUUGUCUACUUGU